AUGCCGCCGACGCAAGCGCAGGUGGAAGCCGCCUGCCUUCGGCCCGAUGGUUCUGUCUUCUCGCUGCGGAUUCCUCUGCGUAGCCUGGCCGUGAAAGGUGCCACCGGGAUUGCAGAAUGUGGAGAGCGACUAGCCCAGCAGUUGAGCUUUGGCCACUUCGGGGUGCCGGGCGAGGUGAUGCCGCCGAGCGUGCGCUUGAGCGAUGUGCCUGGCGUCAGCGUCAUGGUUCUGCAGCUCCGCAAUCCAGCGAGAGGGUUCUUGCUGGCUGUACGCCCGAGCAAGAGCCUGCCGCCCUUCCCGGAGAACAUUGUUGCAAACCGCAUGCUGAACAAUAAGCAACUGCAUGUUUUCGGCUGUGCUAUCUUCGUGCGCCACGACUAUGUCGCCCAGACUUCAACUAACAGCUAUCUCCCAAUUGGCAUCUCAGAGGCAAAGGCAUUGAUCGCAGCUUUGCCUGGCAGUGAAGGACUUGUGGCCGAAGCCCAGCGGCUCGCGACAGCAAGAAAGGCAGAACGAGAGCUCGCAGAGGAGUUCUCGGCGAGGCCACUGGCAGCUUCGGCUUUGGCUGCUGCUGACUCUGGCCAGAACUUCAGCAUGCGCUCCUUCGGCAUGCCAGCUGCAAAAAGUUCGGCUUCACCACAAAGCGCACAAUCUCUGGAGCAACAUGGCAGAACGGGGGGAUCUGCAGGUGGGUAUGCAACCCAGGCUUCAGAGGCACACCCACAAUCGAAUCCCCGUGCCAUGCACCCCAGCAGCAGGAUCUUGCCUGGCAGUGGGCCUGCCGCGAAAAGUGCGGCUGCGCCACGAGCCCAACAAUCUCCACCACAACCUUGCAGAACACGGCAAGCAAGUGCAUGCUCCGGAAGCGGUGGGUGUGCAACCCGUGUCUCAGCAGGACAUCAGCAAGCGGCGCCUGUCGUCGCUCAGCCCAGCCGCCGGAGCAUGACAUUGCCCGAUCCUUGCCCUAUCUGUGCAAACACCUAUCAGGUGACACACCACAUCAGACAGAAGGCGAGCUGUUGCAAGCAGCGUGUGUGCUCAGAGUGCAGCACAGAGAUCUUGAAGCGAGCAGGCUUUGCGGGUCGUUCGCCUUGCCCUUUCUGCCGCCACACUCCUUUGCAAGUGCAGGAUUCAACCUCCGAUUCUGAGGAUGAGAACGAGGUCGAAGCCGCACGGCAGGCACGAAUGGCCGAAGACCACCAGCUCGCGCAGGUUCUGCAGGGCAUUGAGGAUGAGGGCAUGGCCUCUUUUGCCAGUCGACUGGGACGCCAGAGAUCGGCUCAGAGUCAGACAUCGGGCAAGACCUGGGUAUCCGUCGCUCAGGAAGGCAGAGUCAAAGCCUUGGAGGCAGAAGUUGCCCAGCUGAGAUCUCUGCUAGGAGCGAGGCAGAUGCCAAGCUUCAGGAGUGCAGGUCCGAGUGUGGAUCUGCACAGACCUGGUGGCCCUAGCCUUAGCGGCUCUAGCUUCAAGACCGUUCUCUGCCGUUACCACCAAAUGGGACGCUGCUCGAAAGGAUCCGCUUGCUCCUAUGCCCACGGAGCUGGGGAACUGCAGGCAGCCAGCGCCAGUUCGACAUCGACGGUCCAGCGGCACCCAGCCAAUUACAAGACUGUGCUUUGUGAAUUCUUCGAACGAGGCUCUUGCAGGUACGGCGCUCAGUGUACCUUUGCACAUGGCAGUGGGGACUUGCGAGCCUCCGCCUCAGGGCCGAACCGAGCAAGCAGCGCUAGCAGCGCAGUGAAGAAUUGGCUUGCCGCACGCAGCCUCUGUUGUCAAGCAGGGCUGGGCACACAUGUUUCUCGGAGCAUGGAGGGUCAGACAGAGAUUGCUGCUUGGCGCCGACGUCUACAAGACGCCAAGUCCAGAAGGCAACCUUUUUCCUUUCCUUCAUCUCUCAGUGCAGCCGAUAGGAAAGUGAUCCAUGUCCUUUGCGAUGAGCUUGGCAUCCGCCACGAGUCUAGAGGUGAAGGAGCUGGCCGUUGCAUCUACAUCUUCUUCGAUUCUGAUGCACCGGACUCAAUCUCGGACUUUGAUGGCGAGAUCGAUGCUUUCGAGUACAUGGGCCACAACGAGCCCGAAGAGUAUGAUGACUUUUAUGAUCACUAUGAUUUGGUCGACGACUUCUUUGACGAAGAGUGA